AUGUCCCCAAUUUUGAAUGCACUGAGGCAACAAAGAUACGUGCGGGAAGUCACAAUACAGUACAAUCUAUGCAAUGAGCCUUGGCUCAAAUACAGUAUAAGCGUUGUUGCUGACAGAGGUCUGAAAAAGCCUCUUUACACAUCAGCACGAUUGAAAAAGGGAGAAGUUUUGUAUCUUGAAACUCACUCGUGCAGGUAUGAGCUUUGCUUUAAUGGAGAGAAGAUGGUCAAGGCUACGGCAGCACCUCAGCCAUAUGAACCAGAGACACAGAAAUCUCAAAAUCGCAAUUUGCAUUCUACAGCUGGUGAAAGAAGUGUGACUGAAGGUGACAGCAUUGUGAUGGAUGUAUUCCGAUGGUCUCGUUGUAAGAAGCCCCUUCCUCAAAGACUCAUGCGUUCAAUUGGGAUCCCACUGCCUUUGGAACAUUUGGAAGUAUUGGAGGAGAAUCUUGAUUGGGAGGACAUCAAGUGGUCACAAACUGGUGUUUCGAUAGCUGGAAAAGAAUAUCCUCUUGCUCGGGUGCAUUUUCUUUCCCCGAAUUAG